AUGCGAUUCCCAAUCUUCACGUCCAUAGUCUUCACUCUCACAACUCACUCAGCUACCGCUUACAAGCCAUGGAACGGCACAAUCCCCGAGUCCGUUAACGAAGAAUGUCGCCAAGCUCUCUCAACAGACAUUGACUGCCCUUUCGUCUUCGGUCGAGAUUCGGUAGAAAGCGGACUUUAUUUGAAGGACCCAGCACUAGCAGCAUCAUACUGCUCAUCGUCAUGCCGCUCUUCUCUUCGGCAAUAUUUCUUGGAUUUUUCGAGAGCUUGCUACAAAGAAGACCUUUUGGAAGGGCUUCUAGGGCUAGACGCAACAGUAGAUUACGCCCUGUCCCUUUUCGGGACACAGGAGUAUCUUUGUGUUGCCGACGAGGACGGGCUUUGUCUUGAAGCCUUUUACAAAAAGGAACGGGACUUUUGCUCGGAAUGCGGACUCAAGCUGGCGGGUAUAAGCGCCAUGUUCGAGUUUAAGAAGCCAUUAAACAUUGGCCCAAAUAAGUACAUGUGUUUGCUAGAGAAUUGUGCAAAAGAUGAAAAUAGUUUCCUGUCCAAAGAUGAUGGGAAGGCUAAGUUGGACAUGUUCUUCAAGGAGUUAAUAUAAGAGCCCGUGAGUAGUAUAAAACCCCGUUACAUCUAAC